GGGAUACUAUAAGGAAAGUUCCGCUUCCUGAUGAUAUACAGAAACUCCACUUUCUAUGCUCGAUUCAACCAUGACAGUAUCAGGACCUAUGAUCCUAAUAAUAAACACCGGUUGGAGAGCUACAUGCGAGGAAAGGGAUUCAAAUCGCCUCGUGAUAUCUAGUACGCCAAUCUCAAGGCAUUCUUGGAUCUAGAAAUAGAACCAGACAUGCAGUGGAUCAGCAUGGUUCACAAACAGGCAUUCCCGGACGAUGCAAUGAUGUUCAUUGAUCACAUGCAGGGCAAAUUCAUGGCAUUCUGUCAGCCUUCGUCAGAGGAAGACGAGUUCAUAUUGACCCAUAAUGCGUAUGGACUCUUGGGGGGCCCUUCGGAUGUCCAGAUUGACUCCGCCACCGGGAGAGCUGUCGAAAAAGCAUACAUGGAAUACCAUAACUUUGCCCCGAUUUCUGCGGAACUCAUUAUCAUCUUAAGAAGCUCCUUGCUUGUAAACCCCUCUAAGGAAGGCGCAAAUGAAAUCCAGGAGUGGGAAACCCUGCGUGAAAACGUCAGAAACCAGCAUUUGUCUCCUGAUAAGCCCGUCUCGAUACUCAAAAGACUUCCUAUUGAGAAAUGUGGAAACUUGUACGCGACUAUCGUCAAUGGGAAGCUCGUCUUGAAGCCGAACCAGGGCCCUCGGGCUGAAGACAGGUUCUAUUUUACCUGUUCUCGUAUAUCUUCCUACUAUGUCAAUUUGAUCAAUAAUAUCUUCCUCGAGCAGGCAACUAAAGGGGACACUAUAGUAUACAGAUCUAGAUCGGCUCUUGGGAAAACCCUCAAAUCAUAUCUCUUAAACGUUAGGGAGGGUUUCAAAGUGGUGACCGAUGGGGCCAAUGACCCUCACCUGGCAUUCCUAAAGAAGCUAGAGAAAAUUGCAGGGCAAUUAGUUGGGAAAGUCUGCCUUAAGUACAAGACCAUCGCUCUCCCAAUGCCCCAGACCCAUACGUCCUACCGGGUUUCACAUAUAGUUGGGUUGAAAAUACUUGCGUUGUCAGGCAAAUCGGACGUACCAGAAGUAUACAAGCUCAUGCAACCAGAUGGGGGUUUGGACUCAUAUUUCUAUGAUCUCAUGCAGUCACAACUUAUGGCUUUCUUUAAGGAUCUAGAUAGAUGUGAUUCUGAGCCGUUCCGGGUUAACACAAGAUGACAUGUUGGGAGUUAAGUAUCAGCUGCAGCAGCUAUACACUACGUUUCCUGCACAGCGCGUCUGGCUUUACGUGAAUAUUAUGCGAAAUCUAUCGAACUUCGACAAACGAGACUUCA